GGUAGCUGUCAAGUCUCACGUUUCCUCUGAGACUUCAGCCCCUGUUGCCUUCUCACAGGUGUGAGAUGUAAAUCUCACGGUUUGUCCAGCAUCCAAACCAAAGACAAAAUGACAGUUUGUCAGCUUUACUGUCUCCCCUCCCCCAGUCGCCAAGUUUAUGGAGAGUAGCUCACUGUUUUCACCAAAUUGAAUAGUUUUAAUUAUUUUUUUAAUCACCCAUCUGUUAAUCUGUUUUCGCUGUGGCUGUGUUGAGACGUCAUCGGCCUGGGUGACGUAUGAGAGACACAUCAGUACCUUGUGGCUGCUAAACGAAGCCUCCAAAUCUGGAGAUCCGUGCCUUUGGGCUGUCCGCUCCCCCCUCGGCAUUUGGAUCCCCACCCCCUUUCUGCCGCACGCUGCAGGAAUGUCGGCACCGUGGGCUGUGCUGCCGUGCGGAAUGAGGAAGUGGGCUGUUGGACUGUCGACCCAACGUUCGCGUUUGGUCUUUGCAGCACUUUGCAGCACUGGCCUGCUGUGACCUCCAACACCACACAGAUUAGAGCGUAGUGGUGCAGGUGUUUGGAGGGAAGGGAGGUGGGGCUGCUUAACAGGGGUGAUGUCACGGGGGUGCCGGCCAAAGCUACAAGCUGAUUGGCCCUCGGAGUGAACCCUCCCCUGUCACUCACCGAUUCAAAGAAUCACCCUUGUGCUGAUUAUGCAUAGUCUGUGGUGUAUUUUUGUGUUGGUGGUAUAGAAAAGCUCUGAUCGAAAUGUCAGAAGAAAUUCCAGACACUUAGUUUAGGUCAGGCACAGAAAUAACAGGUUCAGCUUAUAAAUGAAAAAUAAUGUGUUACAAGUGGUGUGUUGGGAAUAUAUGUGUUUGACAUUUGUUGAUAAUGGGAUGUGGUUUGACCGUCUUUGGUGUGAAGCUGAUUUCUGUUAUGGUGGUUGUCUGGGGUAAAUGAUUACUACACCUCAUGUUGCUACCCCUGUUUGCCUUUCAGGUCGCCGCUCAUAAUGACACAUGCGUUGACAGGAUUCACAGAGCUGAUGGAUCAUGGGAUUGUCUCCUGGGAGAACCUCUCCUUGGUCUUCAUUAAGAAGAUCGCCGCCUUUGUCAACGUUAAGGUCAUGGAUGCCUCGAUCCAGCGUUUAUCCCUCACCAUUCUGGAGAACAUGGUUCUAAGCAGCAACAGCCUCUUCAAGCUGGUCAAGGAGGAGGUGAACCUGGAGAGACUCAUCGCCCACCUGCAAGUGACCAAUCAGCAGAUCCAGACCAAAGCCAUGGCCCUCCUCAUGGCCCUGCUGCAGACCGGGCUAGAAGCCGACCGGCAGGAAUUAUUGGCUUAUCUUUCAAGCAAAAACCUUCGUCAGUACAUCUACAAGAACAUCAUCCACAGCUCGGAGGCCGUGGGGAACGAGAUGGCCCACUACCUGUACGUGCUGCAGUCGGUCAGCCUGAACCUGCUGGAGCCCCUCAUGAGGACGCCGCUGGACUCCCUCAGCCAGGAGCAGAGGGACAAGAUACACAGCCUGCGGCAGUCGGCCUUCGAGACUGACAGUGACGGCGGCCUGAGCCACGAACGGCGACGCUCCCUCUGUGCCAAGGAGUUCAAGAAGCUUGGCUUCUCUAACAACAGCAACCCUGGACAGGACCUGCUCCGGGCCCCGCCCGGCCUGCUGGCCUUGGAGACGAUGACGUACUUCGCGUCCCACUACCCCGACGCAUACAGCAGGUUUGUGCUGGAGAACAGCAGCCGUGAGGACAAGCAUGAGUGCCCCUUUGCCCGGAGCAGCAUCCAGCUGACGCUCAUCCUGUGUGAGAUCCUGCACAUCGGCGAGCCGUCAUCGGAGACCCGCUCGGACUAUCACCCCAUCUUCUUCUCUCAAGACCGCAUUCUCUAUGAACUCUUCUGCGUCUGCAUCCUGCUCCUCAACAAGACCUGGAAGGAGAUGCGGGCCACUCAGGAGGACUUUGACAAGGUGAUGCAGGUGGUCCGGGAGCAGAUCACACGGACACUGUCCAGUAAGCCCACCUCCCUGGAGCUCUUCAAGAACAAGGUCAACGCGCUCAACUACAGCGAGAUCCUCAAGCUGCGCCAGACGGAGCGUCUCCACCAAGAGGAGACCCUCGCUCCGCCCGUGCUUGAGCUGAAGGAGCGCCUGAAGCCGGAGCUCCUGGAGCUGAUCCGGCAGCAGAGGCUGAACCGCCUGUGUCACGGGACGCUCUUCCGGAAGAUCAGCAGCCGCCGCAGGCAGGAUAAGCUGUGGUAUUGCCGCCUCUCGCCCAAUCACAAAGUCCUGCACUAUGGAGACGUGGAGAAGGAGACGGAGACUCCGCCCAUCGAGAUGCUUCAGGAGAAGAUUCCUGUGUCAGACAUUAAGAUGUUGCUGACUGGGAAAGACUGUCCUCAUAUGAGAGAGGCCCGGGGGAGACAGAAUAGGGAAGUCCUAGAUCUGGCCUUCAGCAUCACCUACGACGUCGAGGACUACAGCCUCAACUUUGUUGCCUCUUCCAGGACCGAUUUUUGCCUGUGGACAGACGGACUGAAUGUUCUGCUGGGGAAAGAGAUGACCAGUGAGAGCAUGCGCAGCGAGCUGGAGAUUCUGCUCUCCAUGGAAAUCAAGCUCCGUCUCCUCGACCUGGAAAACGUGCCCAUCCCCGACUCCGCUCCCCCCAUCCCCAAACCUCCGAGCAGCUUUAACUUCUGCUACGACUUCAGCCAGACAGAGCAGUAGGACAUUGGUUGGGGUGGAGCGCCCUCUUGAGGUGUAGAAGGGACAUAUCAAAGGGGUAUGGUUACAUCAGUAGAGCAAUUGUGGUCAUGUUCAGUGUGUGGAACUGUGUGUAAGAGGGAUGUGAAGUGUAAUCUUGAAAGAAACUGGGCCUAUUUUAAGGUCAGACGGUUUCUGAGUCCCGAGAGCUUCCAGGUGAAAAUUUAUAAAGGCUUGUAUGAUUUAUAAACAUUGAUAUUGGGGGAGGGGUGGUGUUGAUGGAGAGACACAUUUCAAUACAGAGGUGCUAGUGAUAUUUAAUGGUUCAAAAUUAACCUCACUGAGAUGCCACUUAUGUCUCGCAUCUGUGUGGUCUGUUCUCAGAUACAUGAAUUUCUUCCUUGCCGCCUCAUUCUCAGGCCGAGAAGCAUGUCAGCUUUAAAGUUCCCGCUGGCGAUGGCUGCAGCUUCAGAUGCGUCACGCUUGUUACUCUGAAUCUGGGCUUAAGCCGGAGGCCCCUGGGCCCCCAACUAAGGGCCACUGCGACACGCAGGUCCAUGGUACCUCUGCACUGCGGGAAUGCAGAACGCUGAAGUUAUGCUUGCGGCUGCCGGCAUAUUUACUGUGGGGUCUUUGGUUUUUAAACCCUAACGUGGUCCACAAAGUCAAUUUGGGGAAACGGGAUGUAUUAAGCUUCCUGAUAGGAGGAGGGUAUUCAUUCUGUUGAAUUAAUUUUCUUGUGUGUGCACAUUAUCACCUCAUUUUUCUAUUUUAAAUAAUUUGGUGUGUUCCUUUUCAGAGACACUUAGCGUCCCUAAAUAACUGGACUCUAAGAAUCGGCAGAUUGUUUGCUCUGUACGGGGCACUUCAGCUCAGAUGCCUCCUGUUUUGGUUACUGAUUGUGGAAUACAUUGCUACACCUUUCUUUAAAAAUAGCAUCGAGUGAGGAGAGAAUUGUUAUUGUUAGUUCUCCUAGGCUUUUGCUUCUGAUCUGGUGGAAAAGUUGAUGAUAUAUUAACCUGUGGUUGAGGAUUUUUGUUGUCUUGUGCAAUAAUUGUCUCUGGCCAAUAUGGCGAUGAAAUGAAGAGUGACAAUGAGCUAUAGGAUGGAAACUGAUUCAGGAAUCCAGCCUUAUGUCUUUCUGAGUACCAAAAAAACCCAUACCAGUUAUACAGCGAAACUUACCCUGGCAGAUUCUCUUAAGGUGUGCUCUCUAAUGAGUAGGAGUUUUUUCUGAUUCUGAUUCUAGAAUUUUAUAUAAACCCUCAUAAACAUGGCAUGUAUUCAGAAGGAACGUCAAGUAAGCGAUGCAGUCUGUAGUGAAGGUUAUUCCACUAUUCCUUCAUCGGUCAUAGCUAUUGUCAUAACAGCUCUUUACCAUGAAAGGUAAAACUGAAAGAUUUCUUUAAAACAGGUACACUGAAGAUGACUAUGAUCAUGUCUAUAUUUUGUCCAGUAACCACAAAUUAUUGCCAAAAAAAAAAAAUAGUCCCAAUUAGAACUAUUCCAACAUUUAUUAUAUUUAAACUUAAUGGUACUUUCUGAGAGGUUAUCUUCACCAGAGGAGGACAUUUCAGGUCCGGAAAGUAAAAAUCCAGACCACUUUGCUUCAACCAGCCAGUUAUGUACUCUGCGACUGUGAAUCUUUAUACUCAAUUUACUGGUUGAAACAAAAUUUUGGCCUGGAUUUUACUUUCCGGACCUGAAAUGUCCAUCUCAGGUCUUCACUGAGUAGAGGCUAAUGAGUAGGAGUCAAUCCUGCAUGAAACAGUGUUUGGGGAGCUUUGCUGUCCCGUUUUAAUACGGAACAGAAUUUUGGGGUUUGCUGCACACUCACCAGCAUUAACAUGGAAUUACUUGACUGACUUCGGUAUCUGUAUGGCCUACAGUUCCACUUUUCCGCGAUUUGUUUGACCUCUUUGAAGCUAACUAAUGUGGCAUGGUGACAAGAUGAGUAUACAAAACGAUACACCGGUGGCCUGUGCCCCCCCCUCAUUCUUACCAUGUUUGGAUUUCUUUGUUUGGCUCCAUUUGUCUCCAUCGGGAAGACAGAGAUUUAAAGGAAUUGGUGACUACAUUUUUAUCUGGUGGUUUGAUGCGCUGGCAUGAAUCUCGGCGAUCUUAUAACGUACAUAUUAACUUGAUGACAAUACCGGUGCUUCACAUUAUUCUGUCCCCUAAUGAGGUCGAUCAUAAGGUACACAAACCCAUUUCUGUAUUUCUAAGAAAGCACAGUAUGUUUGUAGCAUCAACAGGGAUAGACGGAAGACAAUUGAGUAGCCUUACCUGACUAGCACUAACGAGAUCUGUUUGGUGCAAGUAAAGCUGCAGUGUAAUCGAAUUUAAUCAAGGUUGUUAAAGAACAGAUCAAUGUUAAUGCAAUUAACAACUCAAUCAAGAGAACUUAACUGAUUUGCUGGUUAAACAGUUCUCACCUAAGAAUACUGGUCCCUACAUUUUCAGUGAUAAACACUUUGGUCAAAGAUUUAUUUUUUAAAUAAUAAUAAUAAAUAAUAAUAAAUAGCUUCAGUGUGGGGUUACUGUAUUUUUAAGAAUUUUGAAGGCUACAAGAAAACCGAAUGAUGCUUAUUUUGUAUAUAACACGUAUUAUUGUUUUUCAUCUUUAAUUGUAAUUGUACUGUAAGACUGACCAACUGCCAAUAUAGUCACAGCAGGCAGAAAAGACCUAUGAUAUGGCUAGUUUUAAAGCAGAAAAGUUUUAAACGUGUAUGUCAACUUUUAUUUAAACCAAUUUAAUUACGGAAUUAUGUGGAACCUGGUCUGGUAGCAUAAUAUGGAAUUCCUUCAAUGUAUUUAUUUUAUUUUCCACUAAAUGGUUAAUCUCCAUUGAACUAAUUACGUCUUACAACUUAAAUGCAUGAUGUAAAUAGGAACGUUUUCUAUAUCGGGACAUUUUACAUAUGUGUUUCUAUAAAUACAUCUAUAUGGACCUUAAUUUUUUGUUAAACUCUUAAUGUGUUAAGAUUUUUUUUACAUCAACAUUAACGGUACCAACCCAGACCAAAGAGGAGGAAAAGCUUUAGGAAAAAAAGAUAAUAUGACCUUGGCAAAGUGUUUGUUUAGUAUUCAUCAGUUCCCUGUGCUUCCUGCAGUAAAGGUCAUGUUGUUACCACAA